GCCAAUAGCUUGUCUCUCUGACACAAAGGUGAUGAUUAAAUCUAUACCUUGUGUGCGUUUUUUGCUCUGUAUUUUCUUUCUGUAUCUAUAUAUAGUCCCAUCAUCCUUUUACUGUACUGCAAAAAGAAAAAGUCUAAGCUACACACCUCACUCCUUCUGCUUAGGUUAUCCCCAUUUUCCAUACUUCUUUCCGUUUUGCUUUCUCUGAACUGGAAACACCACAGAAGAAAAAAAGAAAAACCAGAAACGGAAAAGUGAACUUAUAUGCUCUCGAGGGGAAAUUUUUUAGUUAGAGUUUUGAGAUUUUCAGAGUAAAAAAACAAAGGAGACAAUGGGUGAGAAUGAUGAUGGCUUGGGGUUGAGUUUGAGCUUAGGAUGUGGAGCAACUCAGCCUUCUGUCAAGUUGAAUCUCAUGCAAAAACCUUCUCCUCCCAUGCAAUAUCACCACCAUCAUCACCACCACCGUCAAAAGACUCCUUGGAAUGAAAUCUUUCAGCUGUCAAAUGAUUCGAGAUCGUUUCUCCGAGGACUCGACGUGAACCAAGCACCGGACUCGGCCACGUCGGCCACGGCGGCCACAGCAGCAGCCGCCGAUUACGAAGAUGAGAAUGGUGUAUCGUCCCCAAACAGCACGGUGUCGAGCAUCAGCGGGAAGAGGAGCGAGAGAGAGCUGAUUGGGGAUGAGAUUGAGAAUGAAAGAGAUUCUUGUUCUCGCGGAAGCGAUGACGAAGACGGCGGCGGUGGUGAUAAUUCCAGAAAGAAGCUCAGGCUGACCAAGGAGCAGUCUCUGGUUCUUGAGGAGACUUUCAAGGAGCACAACACUCUUAAUCCGGAUAGUUUGGAGAUUAAACCCAAGGAUCUUUGGCGUGUGCAGAAGCAGAAGCUGGCGUUGGCAAAGCAAUUGAACCUGCGGCCAAGGCAAGUGGAGGUGUGGUUUCAAAACAGGAGAGCAAGGACCAAGUUGAAGCAAACAGAGGUCGACUGUGAGUAUCUGAAAAGGUGUUGUGAGAAUCUGACGGAGGAGAACAGGAGACUGCAAAAGGAAGUCCAAGAGCUUAGAACACUGAAGCUUUCCCCACAGCUCUACAUGCACAUGAGCCCUCCCACAACCCUCACCAUGUGUCCCUCAUGUGAGCGUGUGGCGGUCACCUCUUCAUCAUCCUCCACUGCUGCCUCAUCCGCCCCAAAUCGGCCGCACGCCAUCCCCGGCGUUUCUCGCCCUGUGCCAAUCAAUCGGUGGGCCGCCUUGCCAAUCCAGCACCGGCCUAAAGAUGCGCAAGUGUCUCGGUCUUAAGUAGUUAUGGGGACGAGGAAGUAGUAGGAGGAUCCAGAGUUGCUGUAUGUUAGGAGCACAAGGGGUGUUUUCAUUAGAGCUAGUAAUUAUUUUGGUGGGAAAGUAGUAGAGAGGAGGGCUUGUUUUUAUAUCAGGAUAUGACUUUUGUUAAUAUUAAGCCUUUGUUUAAUUUUGGGCCUUUUUCUAAUUGUUAGUGGAUGAUUGUAUUUACAAAUGGCAAGUAGGAUGAUAUUAAUGGUAAGUAGCCAAGAGAAGCUAAAAUCCCUUUUAGUUAA